AUGUGCAAAACUAUAUUGAUAAUUAUACUUGUUUUAACAGUACCAGAUGUUGGUUGUGCUACACCUGGGGUUGAAGGUGAGGGUGCUGUUGAUAUUGAUCAGAACUUUGUUGAACAAAUAAGAAAUGAAUUAGCACCAUUGGAUUACAGAUUUGAUGAUGAUGAAUCAGUUCUACAUGGUCCAUGUUAUGGAAAUAGGAAAGAAUUUGGUGUGAGUGACGGCCUAGGAGGUUGUAUCAUAAGAUCUAUUAAUCAAAUACAAAAAUGGACAAAAGUUGAAUUCUCUGCUGAAAAUAAAUGCAAACCUAUAACAACUCAUCUUUAUACACAAUAUAAAAAAGAACAAAAAAUCACAUCUGAUGAUAUCGCCGAAGACCUGGAUCAUUAUCUGGCUGAACAUUCACAUUUAUACAAAUGCCAAGUUGUUAGAUCUUAUGAAACCGAACGCGAAGUAAAGGAAUCGUACGCUGGCAGUUAUUCCUCAGGCACAUGGUAUGCAAUGUGGAAAACAACACUAAAAUAUCAUAUUUUCUGAUUAUUAUUUUUAUGUAGCGUAUUUUUUCACAUUUAAUUUUGAUUGUCGCACGAAGCACUAAAUCAUUCAUUUUCUUGAGAGAAUCAUGCUCGUAUCAUUUGAAAAAACUAACUCACUGUAAAAAAUAACAGUGUAAUACAAACGUCUUGUCUUUUCUUCAAUAUUCCCUCGACUGAAAGGAGGGUCAUAUGAAAAAAAAUAGUUUGUUUGUAGAUAUGUGGCUGUCAGAGUCAAAGGUAAAAGGUCAGAAAAACAUGAAAAAAGCUAAUAACAAUAAACGAUAAUAAAUAAGUUUGACCAAAGGUUCUCGAUUAUGAGGAAUCGAUUUGGUGAGUAUGAUAUGAAUUAUUAAGAAAGAUGAAAAUAGUCUCUCACUUUAUCUGCCCACGGAUAUAGUACAUUUGAAAUGAUUAUUAAAUAUCCACAGUGAUAUUGCUUCAAUUGUUUUUUGAUGUUUUCUAUAUAAUUCAUAACAUAUUGUCGACACAAUUCAAAAUCAUUUCUUGU